AUAUUGUUAGAGCAAAAUUUUUAACUCAAAGUGCUUGAUCAGAAUAAUGUGUGUUUGUAAUUAUUAACUAAAUAGCAGUUUGGAUCUUCUCUAACUUUUGUAAAGUAUUCUCACACUUCAGAUGGACAAUAUGGAAUUUCUGUACCUAACCGUAAUGACCUUUUUUUGUAUUGGCAUUGGCAAACCUGAUUCGGAAGACAACAUAAAAUAUAUCAUGGACGUGGCGAUUACACAUUUCGGGUUUAGAGACACUAAAGACCUAAAUCUACCUUCUAAACAAGAUACCGAAAACAGUCACCCCCAUUCCUUUAAUUUAACUAACGAUGGUUCUGGAAAUUAUUAUUUUCAGUUUGAUACGGCCGAUAUAGAACGCUUCGAAAUUGGCGAACUGAAAAAUGCAGGAACGGAAAAUGAAAUUCAGGUUGUUAGAGGCCAGUACCUGGAUCGAUCCGUCAAUGAGGAUGGUGCGUUAGUUGUUCGAAAAAUCGGUUACAUUGCGGAUGAAAACGGUUAUCGUCCUUUUCUCAUAUCCAUACAGUUUCUGCUAUCUGUUGCUGAUACACCUGGUGGACCAAAAGGACCCAAAUCAGAUAUAUCGUCGGCUGCCUUGGGCAGCUUAGUUGGUGGUGGUCUAGGGUAGAUUUAAGCUGCGGUCAAACUUCAGUCAGUUUUUAUUUCAUGAACAUAA